AUGACGCCCCCGGCGGCGCGCACGGCGCUGGGCUCCCUGCUGGGCGCCCUGCUGUUGGUGCCCACCGUCGUGUUCGUGCUGCUCAUCCCCAGCCUGGGGUGGGCGCAGGAGCCGUGCGCGAGGCCCGAGGGAGCGGACAGCGACUCGCUGUUCGACUACCUCGCCUUCUACUCCUGCGCGGGGGCGCUCCCGACCCCGCUCAGGGGCGUGCUCCUCCUGGUGUGGCUCGUGCUACUCAUCAGCCUGUUGGCGAGCACCGCCGACAUGUUCUUCGUGCCCCAGCUGGAGGCCAUGUGCCAAAGACUGGGACUGCCAGACGACGUGGCCGGCGUGACAUUGUUGGCCCUCGGCAACGGCAUGCCGGACGUGAUGACGGCCACGAGCUCGAUAAACAACGCGUCGGAAUACCACGAGGCGAGGCGGCUCCUCGCUGACAAGGAGUUCCUGAAGGCGAACUGCCGCGUGCCAGCGAGCCUCGACACGGGCCGCCCGUCUUCGAAGGACAAGAACAGCGAGGAGAGAAAGCGGGAGGAGGAGCAGGACCGGAGAAGGAGGAACUGCAGCACCAGCAGGAGCGCGAGGAGAUCAAGAAGAAGGCCCUGGACGCGGCCAAAGGGCGGGGCCGCGUGGCCUCCGCGAAGUGACCCCGGCCAGCGCGUGUCUCGCUGGGCCGUCUGCGCCCCGCCCCGGCGGGCCACCGUCGGGGCCUCUCCGUCCCGUCGGUGGUGA